AGAUGUCCAUGAUUCAGUAGUCGUCAGGUACGUCAGGCCAAAAGUCGACGAAAAAACAUUUAAGUAAUAAUAAAGUCAUCGAUAUUUCUGGCUCUCAUUCAGAAGAGCUUUACUUUGCGUGUGUAUCAACACAAAAAUAAAAUAACAAACACGAAAUACAAAAUAGAAAAAAAUAAUUACCGCGGUGCAUUGAACCUAGAGUAUAUUUGUAAAAGAAAUAAAAAAUACAAAGUAUAAUUAAAUUGAUGUUUGUUAUGUAAUAAAUAAAAUAAUAAAUUAAAAGAAGAAAGUAAUACUAAUAAUAAUAAAAGAAACUGGAAUCAAAAGCAAAAAGAACGAAAGCUCAAAUGUAUAACGGUCGCCGUAUCGAGGCGAAGGUGAAGAAGUCGUUGUAUCGAGGAUGUCACUACCGCGUGAGUGGAGUUUCAAUAAAGAAUCCAGGACCAUCAUUGACAGUCAUAAUUUAUCAAAUCUCAAUAAUAAUCGUGAAAAUAAUAAUUUUAAUAAUUAUCAGCAUAUUACAACAUCACAAAAAGAAUUUGGAAAAAAUACAAUUACCUCAAUUGUUGAUGAAAAUGAUAUGAAUAAUAAAAAUCAAUUGGGUUCAUUAUUUUCAAUUCAUUCAGCUCCAGUUUAUGAUUUAAAUACAACAUCAAAUUUACCAUGUAAACCAGUAUCUCUUGUUGUUCAAACAACAGCAAAUUCAACUCCAAUUGUACCACCAAUAUUACCACCAUUAUCAUCAUCAUCACCAUCAUCACGUUUAUCAUUACCACCACAACCAAGUCCAGAAACAAAUGACGAUGAAGACAAUGAUAAUUUAUUAACAAUAUCAAGUUUAACUGCUCGUCCACUUAUUGCUAAAUCACGUGAAAUAAGAUCAUCACGUAAAUGUAAAAAUAAAAAAAAUAUUAAAAAUAAUAAAUUAAUUAAUAAAAAUUCAACAUAUGUACCUUUGGAUGGUGGUUAUGGCUGGGUCGUUGUUGGUGGUGCAUUUUUUGUACAAUUUUGGGUUGCUGGACUUGUUAAAUCAUAUGGAGUUUUGUAUGUUGAAAUUAUGGAAACAUUUAAUGAUUCAUCAGCUGCUGUUGCAUCAUGGAUACCAGCAAUUCUUUCAUGUUUGUGUCUUGCACUUGCACCAGUAACAAGCAUACUGUGUCAAAAAUACAGUUGUCGUUCUGUUGUAUUUAUUGGUGGAAUUUUUUGUGCACUUGGUUUGACAAUAAGCUACUUUGCAACAAGUCUAGUUCAUCUAUUUUUUAGCUUUGGUAUACUAACAGGUAUUGGUGGUGGACUAUCAACAACACCAGGUAUUAUUAUUGUAUCAACAUACUUUGAUAAACAUCGUGCACUUGCAAAUGGCAUAUGUGUUUCUGGUACAGCAGCUGGAAGUUUCGUAUUUCCAUUGUUGAUUGAAAUAUUAGUUGCAAAUUUUGGCUUUCAUGGUACAUUUUUAGUACUUGGUGGUUGUAUGUUACACGUAUGUGUAUCAGCAACUUUAUACAGACCACUUGAAGAUAAUCCAGAAGCAAUGGUCAUCAAUGAAAAUUCAAUAGUUAAAAAAAUAAUCAUAAAUAAUGAUGAUGAUGAUGAUGGUGAUGAUAAUAAUGAUAACAAUGAAAAUAAAUUACUGCCAAUAAAACAAAAAAAACUUGAGCUAUUAUUUGAUAAUAAUGAUAAAACAAAAAGACAUAAUUUAUUAAAUGAAUUAUUUCAUCAAAAUGGUACAAAAAAUAUUGAUUUAAUUGAUAAUGAAGAAGAAAAAGAUAUAAUGGGUGAAGAAUUACAAAUGAAGCCAAUACAAAAAAUUCGUAGUUCAAGUAUAUUACACAGUGUUGAAGAUUUAUCAACAGAUUCAACAUGUGUUUAUAAAGCAAGGCCAUCAAUUAAAUCAUUAAAAUUAUCAUCAUUAACAGUAACACAUCCACAUUUAAUGAAAAAAUCAACAAUACAAGAAUCACCAAUUAAAAUAAAAAUUAAACGAACAAGUAUAAUACAAAUAAUAAAGCGAUACAUUGAUUUAAAUUUAUUAAAAGAUCCGCAAUUUAUUAUGAUGUGUUUAUCUGUUACAUUAAUGAGUACUGGAAGUCCAUAUAUGCUUUAUUAUCUUCCUGCUUAUGUGCAUGCAUGUGGUUAUACUAAAUCAGAAGCUGGUUAUCUUGUUGCAAUAUCAGCUGUGUUGGAUCUUUGUGGACGUCUUGGUCUUGGUUGGUUGUCUGAUCUUCAUUUAUUCGACAGACGAAAAGGAUACAUUGGAAGUAUUGUUGCUGCUGGUAUUGCAGUGUUGGCUAUUCCAAUGGCACAAUCAUUUUACAUACUUGCUUGUUCAGUUGGUAUUUAUGGAUUAUGUCUUGGUUGUUGGUUUCUACUUGUUCCAGUACUUCUUGCUGAUCAAUAUGGUACUGAUAAAAUAUCAUCAAGCUAUGGACUCGUUAGAAUGUUUCAAAGUAUCGGUGCCAUCUCCAUUCCACCACUUGCAGGAUACUUGAGAGAUGUAACUGGUAGUUACUCAGUGUGCUUUCUUUGCAUGGGAACAUGUAUGAUCCUUGGAGGAUUACCUCUACUUCUAGUAUCAAGUUCUCCAAAAAAAUCAUCAAAAGUUAAUCAUCCCGACGAAGACAACAAAGAUACAUCAAAAUAAUUAUUACUAUUAUCAUCUGUUUCAAGUAUUUCAUGAAGAAUUUUAGUCAAAAAAUUUAAUUCAAUUAUCAUGAAGAUGGUAGAUGUUGUGAUGGUAGAACAAGUUGAAAAAAAAAAUAUUUUUUAUUUAUUUUACAUUAUCAUUUAGUUGUUGUUUUUAAAUAAAAUAAAAAAAUGUUCAAAUUUAAAAUAACAUCAUGAUGUAAUUGCAAUGUAAAUGUGUUUAUAAAAUUUUAUGAAAUAAUAUUAACACAAGAGCUUUUUAAUAAUGACGA